CAUUUUUUGUAUUCCAAAAUUUUCGAUAAGAAUUUUUCCCUUUCCCUUCUCUCAGCAUACAGGACUGCAAUCAAUCAUUUAACUUUCCUCACCCUUCAAACCCUAACCCUAAUUCUCAUAUUAUACACAGAGCCAUCAGAAUCAUCGUUUCUUCAAUAUCCCUUCCGUAAACUUGCAAUCUCAGCUAUGAAACUCGUCUCUGAUCUCUCGUGACGCAUAUGACGAUCGAGGUUAUUGGUACCGUGAAAACCGAUUGCAUGGGUUUGGAGAAUGCCGGAGCUUCGUAGUGGACCGCGGCGUGGUCGUGCUCAGGUAGGCCGUAAAAUCGCCGAACCACCGUCUCCGGCGGCCAACUACGUGAAGACUCGAGCUGCGGUCGCCAGGGCGGCUGCGGCAGUGGCGACGGUGGCCGAGGAGAGGCCCAGGACUCGCUUGGCGGCGAAGAAAUUGGAGCAGGAGGAGAAGCCAGUGAUUGUGAUAUCGGAGGAGGAGGCCGAGAGCGACGUAGAGCGCGCGAAGAAUAAGAAGAGCGAAGAGCGGAUUGAAGUCGGCGUAAUGGGUGACGAGAGUGGCGGGUUGAGUGCCAACAAGGGCGCUGCUCAAGAGGAUGAGGGCAACACAGCUCCUUUUCCUGAGAGGGUUCAAGUGGGAGGAUCACCUGUCUACAAGGUGGAUAGGAAGCUGGGAAAAGGUGGCUUUGGUCAAGUCUUUGUUGGCCGUCGAGUUACCGGGGGUAAUGAUCGUAGUAGUGGCCCUGGGGCUACUGAGGUGGCUCUAAAAUUUGAACAUAGGAAUAGUAAAGGCUGUAAUUAUGGCCCUCCUUAUGAGUGGCAAGUUUACAACACCCUUGGUGGCAGUCAUGGAAUACCAAAGGUACACUAUAAAGGAAGACAAGGAGAAUAUUAUGUAAUGGUUAUGGACAUGCUUGGUCCAAGCUUGUGGGAUGUGUGGAACUCUUCAAGCCAGGCGAUGCCUGCAGAAAUGGUUGCAUGUAUAGCUGUUGAGUCCUUGUCAAUCCUGGAGAAAAUGCAUUCAAGGGGAUAUGUGCAUGGAGAUGUAAAGCCAGAGAACUUUUUACUAGGCCAGCCAGGGACACCACAAGAGAAGAAAUUGUACCUGGUUGACCUUGGAUUAGCAACAAAGUGGAGAGACACCUCCAGUGGGCAGCAUGUUGAAUAUGAUCAACGUCCAGAUAUGUUUAGAGGGACUGUUCGAUAUGCAAGUGUUCAUGCUCACUUGGGAAGAACUGCUAGUAGAAGGGACGAUCUUGAAUCUCUGGCAUAUACACUCAUCUUCCUUCAUAAAGGGCGGUUACCAUGGCAAGGUUAUCAGGGUGAUAACAAGUCCUUCCUUGUUUGCAAAAAGAAGAUGGGAACAUCUCCAGAGAUGCUCUGUUGCUUCUGCCCUCCUCCUUUUAGGCAAUUUCUUGAGAUUGUAGUGAACAUGAAAUUUGAUGAAGAACCAAACUAUUCCAAGCUAAUCUCUCUUUUUGAUGGUAUGCUUGGUCCAAAUCCUGCAUUACGGCCGAUUAACACUGAAGGUGCUCAAAAGGUUGGGCAAAAGCGGGGUAGAUUGAAUAUUGAGGACGAGGAUGAUUCACAACCCAAAAAGAAGGUUCGUUUGGGGGUUCCUGCUACACAAUGGAUUUCAGUUUACAAUGCCAGACUACCAAUGAAACAAAGGUAUCACUAUAAUGUAGCUGAUGCAAGACUAGCACAGCAUGUUGAGAGAGGGAUUGCAGAUGGCCUUCUUAUUAGUUGUGUUGCAUCUUGUUCCAAUCUCUGGGCACUUAUUAUGGAUGCUGGAACUGGUUUUACAACUCAAGUUUACAAGUUGUCACCAUUUUUCUUACACAAGGAAUGGAUUAUGGAGCAGUGGGAAAAGAACUAUUAUAUUACUUCAAUAGCUGGCGCUAAUAAUGGAAGCUCUCUUGUGGUGAUGUCAAAAGGCACGCAGUACACACAACAAUCAUACAAAGUAAGUGAUUCUUUCCCCUUCAAAUGGAUAAACAAGAAGUGGAGAGAAGGUUUUCAUGUCACCUCGAUGGCUACUGCCGGAAGUCGCUGGGGUGUUGUUAUGUCUAGAAAUGCUGGAUUCAGUGACCAGGUUGUUGAGCUUGAUUUUCUCUAUCCUAGUGAGGGAAUCCACAGACGAUGGGAUAAUGGUUACAGGAUUACAGCAACUGCUGCUACAUGGGAUCAAUCUGCUCUUAUAUUAAGUAUUCCAAGGCGCAGGCCAGGUGAUGAAACUCAGGAAACACUACGCACAUCUCAAUUUCCCAGCACACACGUUAAGGAAAAAUGGUCAAAAAACCUUUAUCUUGCUUGUUUGUGCUAUGGGCGCACUGUAUGCUGAUAUCCUCAACAGAUCAAAGCAUUGAUUGAUUUGGAAUAGAAUCAUAUUUUCUGCUUGUUUAGUUGUGCAAGCAGGAAACUGUAUCUUCGGCUGUUAUAUAGUGUUGUUGUUCUCUCCCAUUCUAUUGUAAGUUCUUUGCGUGGGGGAUGUGUUUAAUGUUAAUCUAUACAGCUUAGCUUUAUGCUCCUCCAAUAUGUAUAUGUAGGUGUUACCAAAAUUUUUGUAUGAUUUUCAAGAAAAGAUUGACCCAAAUGAUAGAGACGGCUAAUAAGAAAAUACAAUUGCUUGUACGGAUAACGUUCUUUGUGAAUGAAGGGUUCAAGCCAAUCAUAAGUUAAUGACUAGAAUUUAAAUCCAAAACAGAGUCUACUCCUCUUGCAAAGCACGCACGCCCAUAGCCUUCCGGUAGGCCUCCAUUGUUUCACAGCCCCGCCCCCUU